GAUUCUUGUAUAGGAAAGCUGAGGUGUGCUUUCAGUCACCCUAAGCUAGGAUAAUGUAAUCUAAUCAACAAGUAGAGUGAGCUGACAACAACUAUAAUUAAUCUUGUAGCUGACCACAUUUAUCUAUAUAACACAGCAGGCAAUGAAAUAGCUCAUUGUACUGGUUGUGCUGGACAUUUCUACCAGACACAUCAUGUUGUUGACAUUAUUCUACAUGGCUGCCACCUGGGUGCAGUCCUGGCGCCUGAGCUUGAUGAGGGAGAAGAUUACACAACUUCUGACAUGUAGUGGCAGUUUGGUGCUGUACAAGGAACCUGAUCCAGCACCUACAGAUUCUGAAGGAAGUGUGGGCCUCCAAAUAGUGGGGGUGAGUUCCAGUAGCUGUAUCAACAAGUCUGAAGCUCGAGUGGGAGACCUCUUAUGGUACUCUGAUAAUAAGCGUGCCUGUUCAGUGUUUCCUCAGCAAAGGGUUGAUGUGACACGUUGGAUCAGCUUCGGCACAGAAAGGUGCACGUUUCCAAUCGAGGUGAAUGGAGGAUCAAGCAAAGUGGAGCUGUGUGAUGAACACAAGCUGCAUAUUCUUAUUGAGGCAGACUACAUGAAGGCCACCAGCAUCAGGGAUGCCAAUUAUUGCAAAUUGGAGCAAUUUGGCUUGCCUCAGGUGUGGCUUGCAAGUGACUACUUUGGUCUCAUUCUUGAGACAGAUGUGGAACAUCUGGCAAAUCUGGGAAGCAGAUUCAUGACAGGAAAGCUGUCCAUAGAUGAUGGUAUGGAGCUCGUUCGCAUUGAGUCUGUGUGUGUGGAAGGUCGGCCAUGCCUGAUGUUGAAUGCUGGCUCAUUACCGAUCACCCAGUCUAAUGCAACACAAGACAAGUCACUGCAACAGGAGGUUCCUAGUCUAGUCAGUGAUAUGUCAGAGAGAAGAAUAAGUGUCCAGAUGUCACUGGUGCAGUGGCGCACACGCAUUCAACUUCUCCAGAGCCUUACUCAAGCAGCAGAGAAGGCAGCUUCUAGUCAGGAGGAGAUACGUGUUGGUGGACACUCAUUGGUUGUUGGCUCACAGCCCCUCACUUUAACCCCCCUCGCUGCCAUCCCAGUUCCAUCACAGUUAGAAACUGAUCUCACACUCACGGACACAAGCAGUAGCUUGACUGUGAAGUCAGUGUCUGAAGAGAAGAUGACUACUGGUUUGCCAGAAGUUGUUCCUUCGGCCAUCGCUCCGCAUGAAGAUAAGAGUGUAGACUCUUUCCACAGCCUGACAGAGGAAUUGGACAAUUUGAGCCAUGCCGUUGGGAGUGACGUAGCUGCAAAGAAUGGGCCAAGUGCUAUUCCAGAAGAGGAGCUCAGCGAACAGCCCACAUCACCAAGGGAGUCGAAGAGCAGCGACUCAUUCUGUUCACUGGGUUCUGCUAGCACGGUGUCUGUGACAUCACAUACUGGUGGCGCAAAGGCAGUUCUGAACCAAGAGGUUGGAGUGCCGUCAUGCGUUGACCCAAUGCUUGCCGUCAGGAGACCAGGAAAGCAGAAGAUGACUUUUUCCACCAGUAUGAAGCCACCAAAUGUGCUUGUCUACUCGGAGAGCAGUGUUGCGCUGGAGAAUGUGAAAACUGUCAUCCACUCUACCCUGCAGAGACACAAGUAUACAAUUUACACAGUAAGCAAGUCUACACUGCUGUCUUCACCGUGGUCUGACAACACUGUACUGCUGGUUGUAUGCGGUACAGUUGCAGAUGUCCUGGCACCGACAUUCGUGAACUACUUGCUAAAUGGAGGGCAUAUUUUGUGCAUGUGCUCUGACUUCCUACAUCUGAUCCUUCCAACAUUCCGAACGGCAGAGGUGAGGGAGCGUGAACUCGUUCGCUUCUCUUAUGGACGUUGGAAGCAGGUUCAAAUGAUGCACCACAUCUUCUGCUACCAGGCAUCACCUGCGCGAACAAGAUUUUCCCCUCGUGAGCCUGAAAAUGUAGUGGAACCUCCGCAGCCAAGCUGUAAUACCAGAGCUCCACAGCCUCCCUCUUCAGUGCAAGUCUUGGAUGGGGACGACAAGCCGCACACGCUACAGGUCCAGGUGCUGGGAGCAGAGGAGACGUGGCAUACUCCAUCAUUGUUGCUCGCAGUGGUCAGUGGUGGGCAUGGCAAGGUUGUGUUCUCACAGGUGCAUCUUGAAGUGGAUCCCAUACAGUAUGAAGACGAAGAGAGCAAGUUUACAGCGCUGAAGGAAAGCGACACAGCUCGUCUGGAGAUCAUACAGGAUCUGUUGUCCACUCAUCUCGGCAUGCAGUGCACCACCAGUCAGAAGAUUCCUACUUACACGCCGGGUUACUUUCUUGGCAGGCAUGAGACAAAGUUGGAGUUUCUCCAGCAUCUUCAUGAUCGCCUGGAGGGAGAUAACAUCCUCAAGAAUUCUCAGAUGAGUCUACAGUUCUGCACUGCCAAGGGGGUGGAGCCUCCCAAAGCCACUGCCAACUUCAUGCCUGUUCUUGUCCAUGCCUGCCCUGCCAACUUCUCCACUAUAGAAUACUUUGAGAAUCUCCAGUCAGAGGUGGUGGGUCGCCUGGUGAUUUACUCGGAUGUGAUGACCAGUUCCAUGAAUGUGCUGUCGGGGGUCUCACUGCAGCACGGACUGGUUGUUGUGCCCCGCCAGCAGACGAGCGGAGUGGGGCGCGGUGGAAAUAUGUGGCUCAGUCCUGAAGGGUCUGCCAUGUUCUCAGUACAACUGCACGUUCCUCUCGCGUCGUACCUCGGGCAGCACGCGCCUCUGCUGCAACAUGUCGUGGCUCUUGCUGUCGUUUCAGCCGUCUGCAACCUGCCAGGUUACCAGGAUCUGGACUUGCGUCUUAAGUGGCCCAAUGACAUCUAUGCUGGCCGAUCAGCAAAGCUGGGUGGCGUCAUUGUGAACAGUACCCCAGAAAAAACGUUCGUCGUUUGUAAUGUUGGUCUUGGAGUUAACCUCAACAAUCAAGCACCUACGACAUGUAUCAACGAGAUGAUUGUGCAACUCAGUUCCACGACAAAUGAGAAGCUGGCACCACUGUCCUGUGAGAAGUUGCUUUCAAUCACGUUCACACAGCUUGAGGGGCUCUUGAAUGCUGUCCAGAUGGGUCAUGUGCGGCAAGUGCUGGACCUCUACUACAGUUACUGGCUUCACAGUGAUGCUGAAAUUACAGUCGUGGGACCAAGAGGAUCAAGUCAGAGGGCUACGGUAAUCGGCGUAGACGACUUUGGCUUCCUGAGAGUUCGUGGUCAGGACGGAAUGCCUUUCAGCGUGCACCCUGAUGGUAAUUCAUUUGACAUGCUGCGAGGCCUCGUUGCACCCAGUGUGAAGUAGACUUUACAGCCCAGUGCUUGCCAGAAGGUACACUGUAUAUCGGAUUAUGAUUUGCCACCAUUAGCCACUUGGGGUAUGGAAGAGGAGAAUUGAGGAUGCCAUUGACCGAAUACGGACCAGAGAGCCAUAGAAGAAGAAGCCACUUGGGGCUUAAUUAUGAAGUGGAAAGAAUUUAUGUUACCUACAUAGUGAAAUUAUUUGGGUUUUCUUUCCUUUCACUGUCCAUAAUUCAGAGCUGUGAACAAAUCAGUGGUAUCCUUAAACAAAAAGAGGGAGGAACUUAGUGAUUUAUGCAGGUCUUGUAGAAUGUAGGAAGAUGAGAAGGUCACACUGGUUUUGGCUUGUAGUUACGAAGGCAGUAAAAAAAAUACAAAAUUUUUGUGGAUGAACCUCUUGGAAAACAACCACUUGGAAGAAUGAGAAAGAUAUGGGAGGAUAACAUUAAGAUGAAUCUCAGUAAAAUUACUGGCGAGGAUGGGAGUUGGAUGAUUCUGAAUCAGGAUCAUGUUAAAUUAUAAGUUUUGAUGUUAAGGGUGUUGAACCUUUCAAUUCUGCUGUGAGAGGGUUAGUAAUAGGAGAAAUAUAUCUGCAGUUUAUCAGUGUUGAUCAUUGCACUUGAAUGUCACAUGUACUUGUAGCAUUCCCAUUCCAAAAAACUACGUAGAAUAUGUUAUAGGUUUAAUUGUCCAGUGCUGUGAUAUGGCCAAGUGUAUAUUUGUAUCUUGUACUUUGAUUAUGAGGUCACUGAGAAUCUUACUGCAGAAGACAUGAAAAUUUGGGAGUCACUUAAGUGACUUUCUUGGUAUUAUGUGGAAACUUCUGUGAUGUAGGAAACUGCUUUUGACAUUUUGAGUAUACCCAUUUCCUCAAUCUUCGGGGUUUAAAUCGUCACCUCUGUGGAACAGAAUACUAACAUUAAAAUCAACUAUAUAUUUCAAUGUAACAGUGUAAUUUUAUGUUGCAUAUUGUAAUUAAUUUUACUCAUCCCUCACUGUUAGCUUGUAUUUAAAAAAUAAGUAGGACUUUUUGUUAGUUUAUUCAUCUUCUGCUGGAUGGUGUUAAGAUGACACAGAUUUAUCUGAUCUGAUCUCUGACUAGCUUUUAAUCCAUAUAGUGUGUUCCAACUGCUGUCUUCCAAGGCCUGUCUGGCCUUUCCAUUGGGUCUUCUUCCUUUUUGUCUUGCUUUCCUGCCAUACUUUCAAAUAUCUUUAAUUUGCCAAUUUACACACAUCUUUGUCAUGUAUUAUUUCUCUUAGUGGCUUAACAUAAAAAAAUACCAAAUUUUGUUUUUAAGUGGUUACCACUCCUGCUUCACAUUCAGGAUUUCCCACAUUUAAUUCUCAGCCUCAAGGCAGGUUAUCCUGGCUUAGGAUUUCUGUGUUCUUUCUAGGCAAAUACUGUGUUAGUAGCUGAAAAUAGGCAGCAAACGCUUCCAGUUUGUUUGCAGCCAUUCUUCUGUUUCAAGGUAUAUAACACAUGAAGUUUAGAAAAUUUUAUCAAGUAAAUGAUAAUUCUCUUUGAUCUGAAUGUCUUGUCAGUUGUGCAAAUAUUAAAAUUGUAAGAGCUUCAGAUUACACCAUUAUAAACAUAUUAAUAUAAUUAACAAGGUGUUUCACAAUGUUGAAUUAUUUGUCAGAGUUAUUAUUAUUUAAUUAUAAUUUUGGGGAUUUUUUUACUUUUUUGUACAUAAAUGGCUAAUUGGCAGCAGAAAAAUUACCUGUUUUCCAUUUUCAGGAAGUAAAGUAUGAUAUUUGGAUGUGGCAAUGUAAUCUGAGUAUUAUUUUAUGUGAACUCUUCUCUGAAAUUAUUGUGCCUCAUAUUAAAACUUUUCUAAAUGUUUGUGAUUGUUGCAGAUGAAUUAAUCUGUCUAUUUAAACAUACAGAAAUUAUAAGCAACAUUUCUUGUGUGUAUCAGAUUUGCACAGUAGGAAUGAUGAGUUGUGCGAUCUGUAGUAUUGUAAAUGUUAUGCAAUGUUGUUUCUAAAAUGAUAUUUGAUACUUGGACUAGAAGCAAGUACUUUAGCAACAUUAAAAUUCAUGUUACAUGUU